AAAAAGAACUGUUAUGAAAAGUAACUAUAUUUCGUAUUAAAAAAAUACCAUUGCAAUCGGCGGAUUUCAAACAAAGCAGUGAGACCAAACUGUACAAACAUAAAAAUUGGCUGCGGACGUGUGCGUUUUGUCGUGCGGGUUGGACAAGAAAAAUGGCGAAAACUGUCGGUCGUGCGUGCGCGCAAAUCGCAAUUUUAUUAACUAUAUACGGAUCAAUACAAUGUGUGAAAUCAAUAUCUGCUGAUGCAUCCGAUGAUAGCAGCCUCGGCAGCCAACUCAGAUACAUCAAUCCGGACGCAAUUGUUAGCUUGUCGCCGGAGGAGCUGUUGCGUCUGCGUCAGCGUCGUGCCGCCCCAGCGUCAACGGCAGACUCGACGCCGGUUGUGGCCACCGUGCAGGAUGCGAAGAAUCAAUAUCAGCGCGUUAGCGCCAAUGUGAAUGCCAGCGCAAACGCUGCAGCGGCAGAUGCCACUGUGACCACCACCUUGGACGGCAAGGGAACUGCCACGGGCGGCGUCUCCUACAAUGUGCACAACGUGGGCGUCAAUGGCACCGGCCAGCGCAAGGAGUUCAGCACCCAGCAGCAGAAUGCCAGCGGCGAUGCCAGCAACUACAGCAAUGCCACCACCAGCAUCAAUGUGGCCGCAGCGCCCGCUGGUCCGCCAAAGAAGACCCAAUUGAUGGCCUCACAGCCAUCGCAAUAUCCCAAAAAGGUGGCACACCAAUCCGUCCAGUCGACACCACCAGCAGCAGCAGCAGCAGGAGCAGCAGCAGCAGCAGCAGCAGCAGCAGGUGCGGCAACAACAACAACCGAGCGAGCGCUCAUCGAUGAUGUGGAUGUGCCCGAUGAGGUAAUCACCAACGAGGCGACCAAUGCCUCGCUGACCCGCACCGAGGAUCACUUUGACUACUAUCGCAGUCUGCUCUAUGUGGACAAGGAGGAGACGUCCACAUUCUGGACUGGAUUCCGUGCGAUACCCGAGAACAGUAUAUUGUCCUCGUCGCAUCGACGGGCCAUGACCGUUGAGCUCAAGUUUGACUUUCCAUUUUAUGGGCAUAACGUGCGCAACAUAACCGUCGCCACUGGCGGCUUCCUCUAUACGGGCGAGUAUGUGCACUCCUGGCUGGCGGCCACCCAAUAUAUUGCGCCACUUAUGGCCAAUUUUGAUACAAGCAUGUCGGACGAUUCGUUUGUGCGGCUACAGGAUAAUGGCACCGCCUUCACCGUCGUCUGGGAGAAUGUCACACUGCAGGAUAAGCCCGAAUAUGGCAAGUUCACGUUUAGCGCGACGCUGCAUCAGACUGGCAAUAUUGUGUUUGUCUACUAUCAGCUGCCCACGCUGAUCAAUAACAUACAGGACCAUCAGCAUCCGGUCAAGGUUGGCCUAUCCGAUGCCUAUAUCGUGGACAAGAUGCUCUACUUUGCGCACCGCAAGACCAUCUACGAGUAUCAUCGCGUCACAUUCACCCAGCAGGAGAUCAGAAAUAACACCAUUAUUGUGCUGACAGCCUUGCCCACCUGCCUCGGCUACAGUGACUGUCAGGCGUGCAUUAAUCACAAUACCACAUUUGAGUGCAUCUGGUGCCCCACACUGAAUCGCUGCUCUACAAAUAAUGGCAACGAUCGCAGAAAGCAGGAUUGGCAGCAAAAGGGCUGCGAUCGUUCGAUGAUUAACAACAGUGCCGCCUGCCCGGCGCUGGGUCAAAAGGGCAACAAUGCUGCACAGGAGAACAGCAGCACCAACAACAACAACAACAACAGCAACAACAAAAGCAACAACAACAGCAACAACAGUAACAACGGCAGCCCUGGCAUGGGCAGCAGCACGCCCGCUGCCAGCACAGCGGCCGCAGAGCCAACAGUGAGCAGCACGCAGUCGCCGGCUGGCGUUGAGUCGGCGUCGGGCGAUGGCGUUAAUGUCGAGAAGAGCGAGCAUCUCGGCGCCGUGCUGCCGGAGAAUAAGAGCGUGGGCGUUGCCUUUGGUUUUAUGGUGCCCAUUUGUCUGGUGUUUGCGGUGACACUGUGGCUCUUCUAUGCGUACCGGUAUCCGCAUACACGGAGCGGACAGCUGCUCAUACAGUUCCGUCCCAGCCAAUGGUCAUGGCGACGCGGCGAGGCGCGCUACACGGCGGCCACAAUACACAUGUAGUGGAGUUGAGGAGUAAUAAACGUAUAAACGUGUACCUGUUACUUGUAAACAGCAAGUAACGAGUCACUGUCGUGACAGAAUAUCAGCGGUAACAGGUACCAAAACGCUGUUUCCCCAAACACCCUAGCCCAUCCAUCGCAUCAAGUAAUUGCAACUGUCAAUGCCAUCUCCAUAUGUGCUUACAGUCACAGCCACAGCAAUAUGUUAAUGAUAAUUAUUUCUAACGGUCACUGUUAUCAACGUGACAUCGCUCAUAUCUGACAUGCAACGGCAACUGGCAGCGGCAGCGGCAGCAACAGCAAAUGGCAGCAGUAGCAGCAGCAGCAACAACAGCAACAUCAAUUAACAGACUCGUGUGUAAAUUCAAUUAUCUUAACAGUUAGAAUAAUGUUAAAUCAUCGCAGCAUAAAAAGAACGAAAGCCAAGCAGAGCAGCAGCAGCAGCAGCAGCAACAGCAGCUGCUGCGAGUUGCAAAAUUUGAAUGCUGCUGAUGUGUUUUGCAACACUGAAAGCUAACAUAUGCACCAGUUGGGACAGUUUGAGUGGCAUUGCAUGAAAAUACUUUACCCUACACAAAACUAAAAUUUCAAAAAAAAAAAAAAAAGACAACAAAUACAAAAACAAGUGUACUUUGUGCUUCUCCUAGUUAGUCUUAUUGUUUGUUUGUUUUUUUUUUUUUUUUUACCAUAUGAUUUUGGUAACUAUUUUUUGUUCAACUUUUAUCGAGUUUACAUAAUCUGCUCUCUGCUUCGAUAAAUAGCAGUAAUUAAUUUGCUCAGGCCCUGCUCCCCUAAUUCCCACCAGGCACACACAUACACACACAAACACACAGGGCAACACAUUUACUCACACACAGACCAGGGGCACAGUGCUUGCAAUUUAGUAGUUCAAUUGUAAAAACAUAUUUUCUGUUUGUUUUUUAUUUUAAAUAUUAUUAUAUAUAUUUUUUUUUUUCGAAAUAAGUUGUACUUUUUAUGCCUCUAAUAUUUUUGGAAUUUCAAUUGGCCACUCUCAAGUAUGAAAUUUGUAUUCUAUCCCCUUUUUAUUGUAUUAUAUGAGUACUUUAUACGUAUGAAGCACUUGAAUCGAUAUAUGUAGAAAGGCAUAUUUAUCCAAGGCGACCUCUUCUUUUUGUUAGUAUAUUUUCUAUUAAUUAAUAUUAUAAAUAUACAAAUAAAUAAAUAUAAAAAUAAAAAUAAAAAAAAAAAAACAAUAAAUGCGGUGUGCAAGUAAUGGAAUGCAAAUGCUAAACUGAAAACAUAAAUAAGAAAUAAGAGAAACAAGCAACUAAAGAUCUGUAACAAAACGUAAGAAAGAAACAAAAACGCAACUAAGGAAAUUGUAUAACAAUGUAUUUUGAUAAUGAAAUUAAAUUUGUAUUUUAAGCUCUUAUUACAUAUACAAGAUAAUUUAAAUAAAA